AUGACCAACCAAGAACGUUACCCGUACGGAAUGCCUCAGACCCAGCCGGAACCUGUGAUACAAGAGGUUCGGCCGACCACUGACAGAACCCAGCCCGAUCUUCACGACGACAUGCGCGCAUUACGCGAGGAAAUGGCCGCUAUCCGACGACAGAGAGAAGCCGAUGCCAGGGAGUUGGCCAAACUACGCCGACAAAACGCCGAGCUCCGAAGUCUUAACCAGACCUUCGUACCAUCGACUCCCACUCUCCAAGAGGAGUCUGCAUAUCAUGCUCCAACUGAUCAAGUAACCCGAACACCAGUCACCUCUCUGAUAGGCAACAAGGCCGACACCAACGUUCACCACCUAAGACACCCUUUCUCACGAAGGAUAAUGGAAGCAACCCUGUUAGAUCAUUGGAAGAGUCUCCCAAUUGAGAAGUACGACGGAUCCACUGACCCUAACGAACACCUGAAUGUCUUCCUGACACAGGCGACCCUCUCCACUCAAGACGACUCGGCUUUGUGCCGAAUAUUCCCCACGUCGCUGAAAGGAAGGGCCCUGAGUUGGUUCACGAAGCUGUCGAGCUCUUCCAUCGACUCGUUCAACGAGUUGUCGUCCCAAUUCACUCUCCAAUUCGCGACGAGCAAGCCGUACACGACGACCUCGUUAGCCUUAGCGGGGGUCCGUCAAGAGAAGAAGGCAAGUCUGAGAAGUUUCAUGGACCGAUUCAACAAGAUUGCCAUGAAAAUAGGCAAUCUUAACCCGACCGUGGCGUUGGACCGACUGAGCACCGCCCUGAGGUCCGGGCCAUUCGUGAACAGCCAUUGUAAAAAACCCCCAGUCGAUAUGAACGACCUCCGGCGCCGAGCCGAGAAGUACAUGCAAAUGGAGGAACUUGUGGAGACCCGAAACCAGGCUAGGGCAGAAGAGACUUAUAGCCGAAAAGAACCUGGCCAAGAGCCAGCGAGAAAGACGAAUGCUGAACCCCCAAAUGCUCGCCCCCCGAGAGGACUGCGCUACACAGCGUAUACCCCCUCAACGCGAGCAGGACCAAAGUAA